AUGCUGAGCAGCAUUCUUCGCAUGCAACUGGCGCGGAGUUAUCUGGAGGAGCAGAAGGCUGCCAGGUUGCGAGGGGAACGCCGUAAAGGAGACCCUUCUCAUGGUGAUCGAGAGAGAGGCCGUGAUCGGUCGAGGUCUCGCAAGAAGGACGCAAAGGACACGAAGGACGUAAAGGACCCCCGUCCAGAGCGGACUAAGAGCAGGCGUGAGCGUUCCGGCAGCAGAGCAAAAGCCAUGAAGCGAACUUCACGGACCAGGCACAGAAGUGCUCCGGUUGGAGCUGGGUCAUCCGGGACUGCAGCUGGAGCUGCUUCGAGUCGAGGUGUAACCGCAAGGAGGCCAUCAUCUGCGAGGAGCCCUCCUCCGAGCUCGCGGAGGCCGUCACCUGCAGGUGAGAAGCGCCUUCAGGAGGCACCGCUCAAGUUCGCGGGCCGGAUUGGGCCGAUAGCCGCCAACAGCCGAUCCAGUGGCUGGAUCUCGGUUCUUGCAGAUGAGAAGCGGAGAAGCUGGGUGUCAUACAGGAGUGGGGCCUUCAAGGAGGAGCAGCUGAGGACAUGGUUCGACAGGCUGCUGAAUGACCUGAAUUGGGAACGGCCGCAGGUGCAUGGCAAAGCGCUGCCUCGCAGUGCCUGCUGGUUGACAACCGCCGGCUGCACUUGCACGUACCGGUACAGUGGCACCUCUUGGCCAAACAUGGUGAUGCCACAGUGGUUCGUGGAGCUGACAGACGAGGUGUGCCGUGCUUGCGAAGUUCCAGAGCGCCCCAACUCGUGCAAUGCAAACCUGUACGAGGACGGCGCCGAUUCCGUGGGCUGGCAUGCAGACGACGAGCGGCCUGUCGGCAUGAGCUUGGACCGGGACGAAGUGCUAGCAAUCGAGUAUUCACUUGAGGCCGUACUUCGAUUGUCUGUAGCAUUCGAGCCCUUCAAAUCGAUGACUGCGAUGCUGCUGAGUUGCACAAAGACCCUGGUUGUUGUCAGGGUAUCUCUGGAAAAUGGGGAUCUGGCAACGAUGGAAGGCCGAAUUGCUUUGCGCACCCGUCGGAAGCAGCUGAUUGCUUUGUUAUGGCUUCGUGUGAAACUUUCGCUCCACGAGGAGAAAGACGCCAUCCUGGAUGCGACGCUGCCGGUUGAAGAGUGCCAGAACCUGCGGGAGGAUGCGAGCUUCUCCAGGCCCUGGGUCCAUGAGCUUUGCGCUGCAGCUUAUCCAGCCUUCUUUGGUGCUGUGCACAUGGACGAGGUCACGGGGGAGAUCACGCAGAUCUCGCGGGGCCGCUGCAGUGCUGGGCUCGUUGCGAUGGCUGCCGUUUGCAGCCAGUCCAUCGCCUUGCAGAUGAGGCCAAUGAGACAGACGAGAGGGUGGUCCUGGACGGAGCGGCCUGUGAAACACGAGGGCAGGGCAAUCGAGGACAUUUUGAGGAGCAUGCCGGUGGAGGAAUGUUUGCAGCUCUGUGAGCAGAAGCCUGAUUGUGCAUCGGUUGCUCAUGGGCCAUUCGGCUGCCACCUGAAGGACAAGUGCGUUUCGCAAGCAGACGAGUUGGUGCUUCCUGGCGUUGCGCAGGGCUACAGAACCUUUUUCCGCAACACCAGCCUUUGCCCGGCAGCUGACCCGGCCCAGCCCUCCAAGUCGCUGGGCUCUGGCCGGCUUUCCGAAAUCCGGCUCUUGAUGGACUCGGCCACCCGCUUGCUGGAGAUGGCGGUCCACUGCCUGGACGAGUCGGACUGGCCCUUCUCCGUGGCGGAGGUCCUGGCGAAUCGUGUGGAAUUUGUUGCCGCAGCGUUGCAUGCCCAUCAAGACGAGCACGCGUUCGACUUCCAGUGGCAGCGUGCCCUCCGAUUCGAUUUUCCAUCUUCCUGUGUGCCGGCCCAGCAAGCCGAUGAUGCUGGCUCUGUUUGCCGCACAUUGGACAGGCUGCUCAUCCGAUGGGUCCGAGGCCUGGACUCCGAAGUGGGCUUCUGGCACGCCCUGAUGGAUCCGGCAUCCGAGACCAACCCAGACGUCGAUGCGACCUCUUGGCAAAGUGCCAGAACCUGGCUGCAAGAAGGUCAUGUUAGCUGGCACUAUGGUGACAUCUGCAUCUUCGUGGAAAAAGCCAGAGCGGCUUCAGAUGAGCAAUUUGGCCGUCCACGUGUACUCAAUGCUGGGUCGGGGCCCCUGGCUCCCAAAGAUAUUGCUUGCCAAGAAGGCAAGGCGAUCCCAGUCAUUGCAGCCGAUGGCUUGGCCAGAUUUUACAUGCAGCUCUACGAUAUCCUUGGCCAUGAACCCCCUGCCGUGCCAGCUCAAUGUCCCACCGAGCUCUUGCACCAAUGCUUCCCGCAACAUCACUUCGACGUGGUACAUGUGCGGAACUCGCUAGAUCAUGCUAAUGACCCGCUGCUCGGGAUUCGACAGAUGAUCCACGUCGUCCGGCCGGGCGGCUGGGUGCUGCUGCGACAUGCCCGGAAUGAGGGCGUCGCUGGCCACUUUCAGCUGGGACUUCACCAAUGGGCGUUUGAUGUUGAAGAUUCAGGAGACGGGCCGCACUUUGUGAUCUGGAGCCCAUCGCUGCGUGCAGAUGUGACUCGGUGGCUCCUCUCCUCGGAGCUCGCCGCGGAAGUUCGGGCAGAGCUGCGGCCUCAUCCAUCCGGCGGCCCUGAGCAGUAUGUGUGGGUAGACAUCCGCAAGCCCCUGCGCCAGCGCGGUGGAGAGUGA